GCAGGUUUCAAUUCUAAUCAGCUGCCUCAAGUACAGCAAAUGCAUACACCAGCCCAGGCGCCGAAACUAGUUCGACAGUAGAGAGGAGGCACUAUCUAGCCACCAGACAUGAAACAACUAAUCGCUGAGACCGCUUCUGGAUUGCUCAAUCGGAUCCCGGAAAACAAAGAUAAACCGAUUACUCCAGCCCAAUUUAUACGGCAUGCUUGACAGCAACCCAUCAUACGUUGACGUUUGCGAUCAACCUGAGGAAAUGGGUCUAAAAUUGGACAGGGCUCUUUUUGCGAAGUCUUUACUAGCAGCGGCCCCUCCUCCAACCCAGUCAUCUAGUGCUUCAUCACUUAGCACUAGCAAUAUAACGCCGCUGCCUUCUCACUUCGGUCCCGCUCAACCGAAAUAUGGGUUAGGAUAUGGGGACGCAGCAACGCAAACCUCCCCAUCCACUUCACUCACGCGCUCGACCAAGGGAACACGCUCUGAGCUCUUGGCAACGCCUUUGCUAGGACGGAGGGGGGACACUCGUGGGUUUCAGUCCUUCUGUUUUGUCUAAACAUGCAGGUUACUACAAGUCAACCUACCACGUUUACCCACUUAGUGCCGCAAAGGGACGUCGCGCUCUAACGCAUAACUGCGGUGCCACGUGA